AUGGCAGAAGAAGCUGCAUUUUUCAGAUUAGCGGCAGAAGCAAUAGUUGCCACAUCAUUAAACAUUAAUAAUGUAGACCCAACCAUUAAAGAAUUACUAUCUCGAAUAAAUUACCAAAAGAUGACUAGUGCAUUAGGAUCAUCUUCAUCUUCUGCUCAAUCACCAAAACGCUCUAUUUCAUCAGAAUCUUCCUCUUCCCCCACUAUUGAAAAUAUUAACUUCCUCACGGAUUCCAAUAUAAACGAGUUCAAUAAUAUAAGGCAUAACUCCACUUCAAGCUCAUACAACCAUGCCACAUCACCAGUAACACGUACUAAUAGUCUAAAUAACGGAAAUGAUGUUUUCAAAACAGAUAUAAACAAUAGUCCAACGACUACUUCCAACAAAAAGGUUACUAAACCCUCUUCGAAAGGUAAAACAAAGAAAAAUCACGCCACUAGUCCAACUGCAGCAGCCAACCAUAAUAGACGAUAUCCAUGUUCUAAAUGUGAGUUAGAAUUUUUAAGGACUUCAGAUUUAAGAAGGCAUGAAAAGGCUCAUCUUUUGGUGUUGCCAAAUAUUUGUUCACAAUGUGGGAAAGGGUUUGCUCGUAAAGAUGCUUUGAAAAGACAUUUCAAUACCAUGACUUGUCAAAGAAAUAGGAAUAAAUUGAUGGAGAUUACGGGAGGGAAUAUUACUGAGCUUCUAGAGAGAGCGAAGAAGAGUGGGAUUAGUCUAUAA